AUGUCAAAGCUUCUUUUAUUAACGCACCCACGCCAGAUUAUACUUCCUUGUGAUGAAGCUGCAACUCGUUCUGUCAUUUGCUAUUUGUCUCGAAGUAGAUUACCGUUCCAUGUUGAUCAUAUUUUAAACGCUGAUUCAUGUUCUCCUGAUCACUUACUCCCUGUUACUAUUCUUAAUGGCUCUAUUGUGACUGGUUACACUUCUUUGUGUCUGCGUUUGAGUAUAUUAAAAGCCAAUAAGGAUAUUAAUCUUAAUGGUUCUAAACUUACUUCACGCAGUUUACGACAUUCUUACUUAUUUUGGAUUUCUGAUACAUUACGGAAUGUAAUGCUUUAUUUCACCUGGUUUCAUGAAUCUACCUAUUCGAAUUUGACUUACGAACGUCUUAAAUCUUCUACACCGCGUUUGCUAACUGGAUUUAUUGCCAAACGAAAACGACAACAACAUCUUCGUUUUUUGGAAUCUAUUGGUUGGGAUAAAAUGAGUACAAGUGAUAUCGUGAAAGAUAUGGAAGCACUUUGUGUCAGUAUUGUUGAACUACUUGGUAAUGGCCCAUUUCUAUUUGAACGUAGUACGCCUGGGAAGGUUGAUGCCCUUUUGUAUGGACAUUGGACUGUAUUUUGCGAGUUUUCAGAAUAUUUCGUUUCACUAAAACCUGUUUUAGAUAAAUAUCCCGCUAUCAGCGAUCUUAUCAAGCGUGUUGCUGAAAUAUGUGAUCAACCGCUUAGUUUGUAUAUAAUACUGAUUUAA